AUGUUAGAGUAUGACCAGAUGUUGUAUGAGGAUGAGAGUGUGGACUGUAUGCAAGAAGAACUAUCCCUCUUUGACUUGGUAUGCAACUCCAGAUGGUUCAUCAAAACUUCAAUUAUUCUAUUCUUCAACAAAAUUGACCUCUUGACCAAAAAAACACCCCCACUCACCACUGGGGGACUACUUCCCAGACUAUGCAGGUGGUGA